AUGCAGAAAUUAUUGUUACUAGCUACCUCAAUUACUACUAUUUCUGCAUUACCAAUAGGCAUUGAUACCCCGGUUGCCAAUGUUACCUUGUCAGAGGAUUUGUUCCCCACCGAUAUUGGGUUUCUUGGGAAAACAGCUACAGCUGAUGCUCCAUUCCUAGCGGAAACCAAUGGUGCGGCAAUUACCUAUGGUGUUCCGACAUCUUCUUAUACAUUGCCACAGCCAAUUGAGACAGCUAUCCAAGCUAGAGACCAUAGGAAUGGCGACCAAAAUAUCUAUGAGUUAUUUGGAAGUUUAUCUCCUUAUUAUGUUAGUGAUGGUUGGGGGGUUUAUGAUUACGGAUUACCCAAACAGUGUUCGAUUAACCAGGUUCAUGUUUUAUCAAGGCAUGGAAGUAGGUACCCAACAAGCCCAAACAGUUUAAGUAAGUUACUUUCGCAUAAGAAUUACACCGUAUCGGGGGAAUUGGAGUUUCUAAACAAUUGGAAGUAUUUACAGGGAUCGGGAAUCUUAACAAAACUUGGUAAUCAACAAUUGUUUGAUAAGGGAGUCAGGACGUUCUUCAGAUAUGGCCAAUUGCAGGACUGGAAUGAAGAUGCCAUGAAGAUUGUGGCAAGAACGACAUCUCAGGAGCGUAUGACUUUUAGUGCGGAAUACUUCCUUGCAGGGUUCUAUGGUUUAGACUGGCACGACAAGGCCAAUUUGGAGAUUAUCAUUGAGGCAAAAGGUUUUAACAAUUCCCUCGUACCUUACGAGAAUUGUCCUCUUAAUGGAAAGACGUAUGCCAUUGCCCCAUUAUCAGCAGAUGGUUUUCUUGAAAAGUAUACCAUGAAAGCGGUAGAUAGACUCAACAGCCAAGCUGAAGGAAUCGUAUUUGAUGCUAAAAGUGUGAAAGAAAUGCAGGAUUUAUGCGCAUACGAGACUAACAACAAUGGCUUUUCCCACUUUUGUGGUUUGUUCACUCAACAGGAAUGGGAGGACUAUGAAUAUUAUAACUCUUGGACUUGGUACAACAGCAAUAUGUUUGGCUCACCAAAUGGCAGAGCUAUUGGAAUAAGUUGGGUUGAAGAGUUCAAACAAAGACUAACAGGAUCAAGUAAGUUUAACUGGGAGACAUUAGGGUUGCAAAACACCACCCUUGAUGCAAACCCAACAUACUUCCCUGUUGACCAGAAGUUAUACUUCGAUUUCUCACAUGAUUCUAUCAUUACUAGUAUUUUUACUGCUCUUGGCAUGGAGCAGUUCAAGACGAAUUUCACCGUUGACGGAUCUCUCAGAGAAACGAAUUUCCAAUUAUCAAAGGUUGUGCCAUUUGCCUCACAGACAUACUUUGAGAUCAUUGAAUGUGAUGGUGAGGUUUCAGCAAACAGAACGGAGCCAGAGACGAGCAGCAACAGCACUACGGGCACUCCAAACAAGUAUGUGCACAUGAUAUUGAAUGACCAUACUAUUGACUUGUCGAAGAACUUUCCGGAGUACUGCAGCCCAAGAGUGGACGGAUGGUGUGAAUUUGAUAGCUUUGUCAAAUACCUGGACACGCUCUGGGAGGUUGCGGAUUUUGAAGAGGCUUGCUUUAGUGGAACCUAUAACACUACCCAGAUUGUUAAAAACGGUGCCCCAAACUCGUAG